AUGAUAAAUCUCGGCCUCCAGCGCAUCACUCAGUUGCUUAACCCGCUUUUCAGCACACACCCAACACUGCCCUGGAGAGCGGUCCACAUUGCAGGGACCAAUGGCAAAGGUAGCGUUGCCGCCCUGGUCUCCACGUUCCUCGGUCACUUGGGAUACAAAGUUGGGCGGUUCACCUCUCCUCACCUGAUCGACCGUUGGGACUGCAUCAGCCUCAAUAGACGCGUCGUCGAGCGAGACAAAUUUCUCCAGGUCGAGCAGCACUUUCGCGACCGGAGCGUCAGGGAAGAUAUCCACGCAUCCGAGUUCGAGAUCCUCACGGCCGCAGCGUUUCAGCUAUUCACGGAUGCAAAGGUCGAUGUCGCCGUCAUCGAAUGCGGACUCGGUGGUCGUCUUGAUGCCACCAACGUAUUGAGACCGGAGGAUGUGCUGGUUAGCGUUUUAACCAAGGUUGGCCUGGAUCAUACUGCUUUCCUGGGUGAGACUCUCGAGGCUAUUGCGACGGAAAAGGUGGGAAUCUUCAAGCCGGGAGUACCUGUCGUGCUUGACCAGAGUAACCAAAGAAACGUCAUCGAUGUGGCCGAAAGCCGAUUGAGAGACUUGGGCUGGGAAGACGGCGGAAGAGCAGGCGUCUAUAUCUCUAUCGAAGAGAGAAGACGUGAAUUCGACAAGGCUAUUGCACGUAUGCGCCUAGCAAAACAUCAGGCUCAGAACCUGUAUCUUGCCUUCUCCUGCUUUCAAACAGCCGAGGAACGUCUCAGUGGCCGGUCCGCACGCAGAGAAGACCUCACCGGGGAUAGGUCACCAGGGCCGUUGAACUUUCCUCAGGAUUUCCUAGUCGCUACAGAUCAACUGCGCGUCGACACGGUGAAGAAGUCUCUCGAUAUCCUUGUUCCACUCGCACAGUCGUCUCUUCCUGGACGCCUGCAAUGGAUCGUUCUCCCGUCGAGACUGCUACCGCAAAAUCUAGAAGACAGGGCAGCACAGUUGAACGCCGGUCAAACCAGACAGAGUCUCAACGCAAAGGUCCUUCUCGACGGUGCCCACAAUUGGCAAUCAGCUGCAGCUCUGGCUGACUACAUCAAAGCGCAAUGGCGGCCUCCCUCCAAAGAGCCUGUGCCACCUGUGACAUGGCUCUUGUCUGUCAAGAACGACAAGAAAGUCGAUGAAAUUCUACAGUUGCUGCUUGGACCCAACGAUAAUGUCUUGACGUGCUCUUUUGGCCCUGUUGAUGGAAUGCCGUGGGUGAAGAGCAUGGGAGCUAUUGAACUAGCCGAAAUCGCCACCAAGUACACGAGUGGAAUCGUUGAAGCGCUUGGUGAUGAAUAUAUUGGAGGUGUUACUGGGAAAGAGGAUAAAACUACACCUGACGAGAAGAUGAGGAUCAUCAUAAGGCAAGCGGUGAGCGUCGCGUCGAGGGAUUCAAAGUUCAGCCCUUUGGAGCUGAAGCUCUGUAUCACUGGGAGUUUGUACCUGGUCGGGGACGUCCUGAGGUGCAUCCGGAAUGCAGGCGGGCCAGUCGUUGACGGCAGUUCUGCUCCGGCUCUUGCGGGCUCCUCCUAUAGAGUCUAG